UCCAAAUUUACCACGACAGCCCUUCCCUCUACAGGGAAUCGUCUUCUUCAACGGCAUUCAUUAUUACUUUUCUUUUUUUGUCACUUGUUCUUCCUCCUCGGUCGUCGACUUGACCAGCACCAGCUAAAUCAAGCUUGCUUUGCUCCAAUUUGUCAACAGAUUUCAUUUUUCGUUCAACUGAUCUGUUUCUCAUUCGAGGGUUUCCAGGACAGAGGAUUCUCGUAUUCAUCUAUCGUGUAGGAUUGGCUGUAAGCUAUAGAAUUGAUGAGCUCGUGGAGUGACUGUUUCUUGCUGCAUUUCAAUUCAUAUAUUUGUGGUUGUAAAGCCAGAAAAUUUUGAGUAAAAUGGGAAUCUCCAUUCGAAGUGGGAAUAUGAGGAAACCUAAUGAAACAAUGAGGCUUAUCAUGUCAACUUCUUUUGGAGUUAUUUUUGGCUUCUUUUUAGGGGUAUCCUUCCCAACACUUUCAUUGACAAAGGUGAAUCUCCCAUCAAGCCUUUUUCCUUCCAUUGAUCUCACAUACAUUGAGGACAAGUACUCUGGUCUUUCAACCCAAUCUGUAUUCAAUUCUUUUUCUUCAAUAAAGGGAAACAGAGGCAGCUCUACCCAAUACAAGUACAAUGGAACAAAGAUAUGGGUUACAAAAAAUCCUCGAGGGGCUGAGAGACUACCCCCAGGUAUAGUUGAAUCUGAGUCAGAUUUCUAUCUUCGCCGACUAUGGGGUCAGCCUAAUGAGGAUCUGACCAUCAAACCAAAGUAUCUUGUAACCUUCACUGUUGGUUAUGGUCAAAAAAAAAAUAUUGAUGCAGCAGUUAAAAAGUUCUCGGAGAAUUUCACCAUUCUGUUGUUUCACUAUGAUGGUCGAACAAGUGAAUGGGAUGAGUUUGAGUGGUCAAAGCGAGCAAUUCACGUGAGUGCUCGCAAGCAAACUAAAUGGUGGUAUGCAAAACGAUUUCUGCACCCUGAUAUCGUGGCACCCUAUGACUACAUUUUUAUGUGGGACGAGGAUCUUGGGGUGGAGCACUUUGAUGCUGAGGAAUACUUAAAAUUGGUCAGGAAACAUGGCUUGGAGAUCUCGCAGCCUGGUUUGGAACCAAACAGAGGAACAACUUGGGCAAUGACAAAGAGGAGAGAUGGCAGUGAGGUUCACAAGGACACUGAGGAGAGACCAGGCUGGUGCACUGAUCCCCAUUUGCCACCAUGUGCCGCAUUUGUUGAGAUCAUGGCCACGGUAUUCUCUCGAGAUGCAUGGCGUUGUGUUUGGUAUAUGAUUCAGAAUGACUUGGUUCAUGGAUGGGGCCUAGAUUUUGCUCUUAGGAAAUGUGUUGAGCCCGCUCACGAGAAAAUAGGAGUUGUAGAUGCUCAAUGGAUUGUUCAUCAAGGCAUUCCUUCACUUGGGAAUCAGGGGAAAGCAGAGGCCGGGAGGACACCGUUGGAAGGGGUGAGGGAGAGGUGUAGAAGAGAAUGGACCAUAUUCCAAGCUCGAAUGGUGAGCGCAGAAAAAGCCUAUUUCGAGGAUUUGGGAUUUGAAUCUUCUAAUUCAACUCUCCAAGGUGUUCCAAAGGAGAAAUAGGGAUCUUCACAUAAUUGAUUGUUUGUAAGGUGCUUAAAACGUUACUCUUAUGUUCAAUAGGGUUACGUCGAUAACUUUAUUUUUUAUUGACGUCUUCUGGUGAUUUUGAAAGACGGUGGGCUCUUUUUCUGUGAUAAAGUCUGAUACCAUGUUAUGCCCUUUAGUGUUCCUUCAAAACAGGGAGAGGAAAAAUUAUUGUUUUAGUAUUUCACAAACCUAUGACGUGAACCUUGAAUUUGGGUUCGGGAGGUCUUUAGUCCUUACUGCAUGUGUUGAAGAAGGAUUUGGGACAGGGCAAGUUCUUUAUGUAUGUAACACUAGGUUGGAGCUUUUUGUCUGUGAUGAAGCAAAAAUACUAACUUAUUUGUAAUAUCAGCCCCAAAGCAAAAUACUUUCUCAA